GGCUGUGCUGCUACAUGGCGGAGAGAGACGGCGUGGGGAUUUGAAGAGCACCCGAAAAUGCUAACAGGAGUGCUGACGUAACAGUCUUGGACACCAGCCGCCUCUAUACACUAUUCUCCCCACAUUAGAACAUAAGAUUAUUAUGGAUUCUGUGAUGAAGCUACAAAGAGUGCAGCUGAAAUGCAAGAACCUCCAUGAAUUCCUGCGGGGCCUCAGCCCUGCAAUAUUGGACCGGCUCUAUAACCAUCCUGCCACUUGUCUAGCAGUUUUUCAUGAGCUACCAGGAUUGGCCAAGAACUAUGUCAUGCGGAUGCUCUUCCUAGAACAGCCCCUUGCCCAGGCAGCUGUGGCAUCAUGGGUAAAGAAAGAAUACAUCAAGGAACAGGAGAAGAGCUCAGAUGUCUUGCUGGGGCUGAGGCUUUGGCACACCCAGCUGCUGCCAGGGGGACUCCAGGGAAUCAUCUUGAACCCCAUCUUCAAAGAGAACUUGCGCAUUGCCCUGCUGGGAGGAGGGAAGGCCUGGUCUGAUGACACCAGCCAACUAGGUCCAGAUAAGCAUGCCCGGGAUGUCCCAUCUCUAGAUAAAUAUGCUGAGGAGAGGUGGGAGGUCAUCCUACACUUUAUGGUGGGCUCUCCAAGUGCAGCCGUGAGUCAAGACUUGGCUCAGCUGCUCAUUGAAGCUGGGUUAAUGAAGAGCAGUGAACCUGGAGAACCACCUUGCAUCACCUCUUCCGGCUUCCAGUUCCUGUUGCUGGACACCUCGUCGCAGCUCUGGUACUUCAUGCUGCAAUAUCUCCAGUCAGCUGAGACCCGGGGCAUGGAUCUGGUGGAGAUUCUUUCCUUCCUCUUUCAGCUCAGCUUCUCUACUCUCGGCAAGGAUUAUUCUGUAGAAGGGAUGAGCGACUCUCUGCUGAACUUCCUUCAGCACCUUCGGGAAUUCGGCCUGGUCUUUCAGAGGAAGAGAAAAUCAAGACGUUACUACCCCACCCGCCUGGCUAUCAACCUUUCCUCUGGCAUCUCGGGUACCACGGUGGACACACACAACCAGGGCUUCAUUGUUGUGGAGACUAACUACAGGAUCUAUGCAUACACAGACUCCGAGCUACAGAUCGCGCUCAUUGCCCUCUUCUCCGAGAUGCUCUAUCGCUUCCCCAACUUGGUAGUGGCUCAAGUUACACGGGAGAGCGUGCAGCAGGCUAUUGCCAAUGGCAUCACAGCAGAUCAGAUCAUUCACUUCCUACGUACUAGAGCUCACUUGGUGAUGCUGAAACAGACCCCAGUGCUGCCCCCUACCAUCACAGAUCAGAUCCGGCUGUGGGAGCUGGAACGGGACAGAUUGCGUUUCUCUGAGGGUGUCCUCUACAACCAGUUCCUGUCCCAGGUGGACUUUGAGCUGCUCCGUGACCACGCUAAGGAGCUUGGGGUUCUUGUCUUUGAAAAUCCUGCCAAGCGGCUCAUGGUGGUGACCCCAGCUGGCCACUCAGACGUCAAGCGCUUCUGGAAGCGGCAGAAACACAGUUCCUGACUUGGCGUUCCAGAUCCCCCUUCUCUUGCGGUGGGGGGGCUAUUGUGCUCCUCCCCUCAUAACUUUGGAUGGGUAACCCAAAGAGAGUAUGCCCACGUUCUGUGAAGAGUAGAGGGCUGAGUGGGGAUUGCCUGAUGUUUCCUCUCCACCCAAGAAGGGGGAGUUAAAAACUAUGAAAAGCCUCUGAGAGCUACAGAUUAAGCAGUGAAGUGGUUAAAAAGUUGUCACCAGCCGGCAAUUCUCUCUGGUCGGAAAGGCAUUUAAACUGAAUGAAUGCUGGUAAGGAAAGAGUGGUGUGCCCAAUGCAGUGUUUCAGGAAGCAGUAAAGGCUGGGAUGUGGGGCAUGAUGUUGUCCCUAUUGUAAGUGCAGCCACACUUGUGCAGCUGAAUGGUUUGGGGACAGCAAAAGGCUGUAGUACUGCUGAGGCUAAGCUGCUGUGAUCAGUCCUUUUGGGCAGGGUACCAAUGGAUUGGUGAAAUAAAAAAACACCCUUAUUGGAAUUAGCUUCUUUUUACUUCUUGUUUAAUGCACCCAUUUCUGACAAAUGCUAGAAUGGACAAAUGGAGAUAAAUCCAACCACUCAAAUGGUACUAUCCCGCACCCAGUGCCAUUAGGUCUGGAGCAGAACAAGUGGGUGCAACAAAGAAGUGGGAGCCUAUAUUUGUAAAUAACCUUUCUGAAUAUAUACUAUUGUAACAGAAUAAAAUGCUGCAGCCGAAAGUUA